AUGUCGUCUUACUUCCCCGACCCCCGACGCAUUGUCACGGGCCAUGACGAAGAGGGCAAUGCAAUCGUCUUGAAGGACAGCCAGGUCCCGUGUGUCCCCAUAAGUGCCGAUGCAAACUUCGCAGUCCUAUGGGAAACUUCUCAGUUUCCUGCCAACCUCAAUGGCAACGAGGACCCCAUCGAGAAGAAAACCACGAAUUUAGCCAAUGAUAAGGGCGUUGUCCUGAGGAUUGUGGACAUUCCUCCAAAUACGGUCACUAUGUUCCAUCGCACAGUUUCCUUGGAUUUCGGAAUUUUAUUUGAAGGAGAACUUGACUGUCGGCUUGAUAACGACGUCGUGAUUCACAUGAAGGCUGGGGAUGUUUGUGUCCAGCGAGGCACCAUCCACGGUUGGACGAACUCAAGCUCAAAGCCCGCGAGAAUAUAUUUUGUCUUGAUAGCUGCUGAUCCCGUCAAAAUCGGUGACAAGGUUUUCGAAGAAACUGGUUUCAAACAUGAAGAUGUUACUUCAGGGGGCAAAUAG